GUCGAUUCGACCUGCUUCAAUUGCAUGUGCUCCAUGGCGGAGCCGCCUCUUCUCCGAAGACAGGGGAGGAGACCCAGCGAUGUGCUUCUCAUGCAUCGUUCUGCGAGUGCAAGGCGUCGGCCUGCCGCUCCACCCGCCACUGUGACACAGGCCGACGAGCUGGAACCAGGCCGUGAUGUGCAAGCCCGCCAGAUGAAGCAGGCUCGCAUCCGCGACUGGUUGGCCAGGAAGGAAGCUGAGCUCGAGGUAAGACGUCGGCAAAGACAGGACGAGGAGAUGUUGCAGCAGCAGAAGAAACAGAUGGAGGUGUCGCAGAGGGACAGACAGGAGGCAGAGCUGCAGCGCCAGCGCAGUGGUCGUCUCCGGUUUGCUGCGCGACGUCGCCAGGAGAUGGACCUUGAGCUUCAACAGCACCGAGCUUGCCCUCUGUCUGCACGUGAGCCACGUGAGAACCGAGAUUUCCAGGCAGUGAAAGGCCGCACACUGGCUGCGUAUGCGACGCCUCGACCUGGAUCGCAGAGAAGGCCUGGCAGUGCCCGCGCCGCGCUGAGGCCACGGCGGCCCUCCAAGAGCUGA